AUGGUAUUUAAUGCUAUCAAGGAGUCCAAGCUCCCACCCUCGUUAUGUCGGGUGAAGCGUCCGGCCACACCGUCGAGGAGGACCCUGUACACGCUGUCCUCAACGAAGUCAGGUUCGACGUUCAAUCCGAUUUGGGUUACACAAGGCGGUGGAGGACUCUUGGGUGCUCACAACCCACCUGCGACCUCGCAGCCGCUAUAUUCGUCGUUCCUGAAGUGGGCGCCACACACCAAUAAGGCUAUCAGCUCAGCAGCAAAUAAGGUCGCGAAGGCUUCGCUUUCCACGAAGGGCAAGGGGGCGACUCGCAAGAAGUCCGUGCGUAGGUCGGAGCCCGGAGAAGAGCCCGAUGUCGAAGAAGAGCCCGACUCGUUCUAUUCUUAUAAAGACUACGAGCCCGAGCCCACUAUCGCGUACACGUAUAACGAAGACGAGGCCAACGACCUCGUCCAGAUGCUCAAAGGACCGCUCGGCUUUGACAUGGAGUGGAAGGUCCGGUUUAAUCCUUUCAGAUCCUUCCCCACUGCGUUGCUUCAGCUAUGCGACGAACAAAUCAUUAUGCUCAUACAUUUGAGCCAGAUGGAUGGAGUUCCACAGAAGGUCCAGGAAAUCCUCAAGUCCCCCGACAUCCCGAAAGUCGGCGUCAGAAUCAAGAAUGACGGGACGAAGCUCCUUCAGGACUUCGGCAUCGAGGCUGGGAACCUGGUUGACCUGCCUGCCUUCGCAUACGAAGUAGACCCAGAUUUCCGGACGCAACACCCCCGCAAGAGCGCCAGUCUUGCGGCGAUGGUAGAGCGGUAUAUCGGUAAGAUGCUCGACAAGGGCCCGGUGCGUAUGUCGAAUUGGGAGAGCGUCCCGCUGACAGAUGAGCAAAUAACAUAUGCGGCGAAUGACGCGCAUAGCGGGCUCAUGGUGUACAAACGCCUUGAGGCAAUGGCCCCGGAGGCGAGAUCGGUAGUCGAGAGUCAAGAGAGCCAGGAGAGUCAGAUUGAAAGAAGCGGGCUCAAAGAAGUACAGACUCUGAUCUCUGUAAAGACACAGGGGCAGGAGCACGAGCCUGCAAAUGAUACGGUAGAGGAUGAGUUUGACGUUUCGUUGGAAGACGUAGCAAUUCAGGGCGCCGAGAUCACGAUCGCUGCCACAGAAAUCGCAACCAUCGAGACUCAGUCGGUGCCUCUGCCGAAGGUCUACCCGAAGAGCAUCGUGCACCCUCAGACCAUGGACCUCAACGCACUCUCACCAAACGCGGUGCGAAAAGAAUGGAUGCAGGCGUACAUCCUCUGGCACCAUCAAGACAGGCCGAUCGAGGAAAUCUGUGCUGCCUUCAGCGUCCUACCACUGAAAGCAGUAUCCUACAUCGUCUGGGCGGUGCGGUUGGAUCCCUCCUUGCCGUAUUCCAUCGAGCGGCUGCGAGCGCUUGUGGAGCGCGACAGCGAGACCUGGAACAGGCUUCACCGGAUGUUUGAGUGGAUUGAGAAACGGACACCGACCGCUUGA